CCGUGAUCGUGGUAUACGUGCUCUAGCAGUUUGAGUGGACAGAGGUUUGUUCGCGGUGUGGAAAAAGUUUUGUGGAAAAUUAGGACAUUUUGCUGUUUUUCAGCUGCAUUUUCUCGAACUGUUUCGAUUUGGUUUAUGUGCGACGCUUCGGCGGUGGAAAAUUUCUGAUUUUGGGCCUGGAAUUGGCCGUGUUCCUCUCUUUUCUGGAAGCAUAGUGAAGUGAAAAAGUGAAGCAGGAAUUUUUUUUUCCUCUUGGCAGGACGGAAAGAGUGCUUUUUUUGUGCGGUGGCGGACGCUCUCUUUGUCGCCGUGCUACUACAAAACACAUCAGCGAAAAGUUGUGGAAAGUUUUUCCCUUUUCUUAGUGGAAUUUGUGGAAAGGCCGCCCUCCGGUGGAAAAUUAAAAAAAAAGGAAAAGCACCCGGUUCUGUGCCUGCAAUUGGCCUUUGUGGCUUUUUUUUUGGUGACUGGCUGAGUUUUCUUUUUUCUUUUUUGUGUUUGAAGGAAGAACUCGGACUCGAUUCGAGCAAGAAGAAAAAAAUUCUCUCCCCGCCGCGAGUGGACGAAGAAGAAGCCGACGACGACGACAAAAGGAAACAACAGGGAAAAGAGUGUUUCGUUCCUCGUCGUCAGUGAAAGAGGAAGAAGAAGAAGAAGUAGUAGAGGGGAAAAAAGUGCUCAUCGUCUUUCUGGCCGUCGUCAGGAAGAAUAACAACAAGAAGUGCGAGUGUGUGACAGCAGAAGGGAAGCAGCAGGAGAAAGAAGAAAAAGCAAAAGCAGAAAGCGCCCCCCUUCGAAGAAGGUCCAACAACAAAGCUUGGAUUUACUGUGCGUGUGAUUCUUGUUUGUGUUGUUUUGAUUUUUAUUUGAAACAAGAAGAGCGCAGAAAGGACUGAUUUUUCCUCUGUGCACUGUGUACGGAAUUUAAGCCAAGUUUUCGAGGAAACGGACUGAUAUUGUUUUUCUGUUGACACCCAGGAGCCGGAACGAAAUCUAAAUCCACCAAUGUCAACCGUGUCAGAUCAGCGGAUGAAAGGACAAGGAAAUCACGGAAAUGAUUACAAUAACUCAUGGGGAUCGCAACAAGUGAGCCACGGUCACGCUGGUGCUGGUGCCGGAGGUCAAUCGCAAAGAAAGCCGUACGAUGAUUACUACAACCGGAAUCAGGGAGCCUACAACGAUGGAAUUAAGAAUGUUGAGCAAGGAAUGCAGGGACUCGGCCUCGGCUCGAUGCGCCACAACAGAGACGCUAGCCAUCAAUCCUCCUCCCACGGCAGCAAUUCACUAUCCAAAUCGGAUCAACAUCACCAGCAGCAGAAGGAAGCUCCCAAAAAGAUGACCUGGGCUUCGAUUGCAUCCCAACCGGCUAAACCGCAAGUGAACACCACGAGUACAACGGUGAAGAAGAAGGGCCCGGGAAUGCCCCCACCACCGAUGGUUCCUGGCAAGCACAACAUGGAUAUUGGCACCUGGGACUCGCCGUCCAAGAACGGACCUAGCGCGAUGGUGCCGACGCCGACUCCGCCGCCGAUCGUUCCCCCGCCGGUGAUUGAACCGUCACCGUUAGCCGAACCACCGUUAGCCGGUGGCAAAGGCGGCCCCAGCAAUGCCUCAUCGAUGGGCGGGGGUGGCCACGGGGGCGGCAGUAGCGGUAGUCACCAUCCUCACCAUCAGCAGCAGCAGCAGCAACAGUAUCAGCAACAAAACAUGGGACCACCACCGGGAGUGCAGAAUUCACGCUGGCCAACGCCGGGUCAGGCGCAGAAUCCGCCUCCCCAACCGCAACCGCAGCAACCGCAACAACAACCGAAUCAAUCCGGAGGAGGUAUGAUGCCUCAACAGCAUCAUUCGCAGCGGUCCGAUCAUCGGCAGUACCAGCAGGGACCGCAGCAGAACAGCCGCGGUAAUUACUCUGGGCCGCCUCCAUCGAUGAACCAACAGGGAGGUCAAGGCUACCAUCAGCCCCCUCCAUACCAUCAUCAGCCACCAGCGGUGCAGCAGCAUCAGUCGCAUCCGAGACAGAAUCAAAACCAUCAUGAACCACCACCGGCUCAUCAGCAGCAGCAGCAGCAGCAGCAACACCAGCCGAAUGAACGCGGAAGCUACCAGCAACCGCCACCACAGCAUCGCAUGCCUCAAGAAGACAGAAGAGGACCCAGCAAUGGUCCUAGCAAUUAUAAUCAAGAUAACCAGGCGUCUCAACAACCAGCACCAGUGCAGGUAACACCAGUACAACAGCAAGCACCACCACCACCACAACCAGCUGUUGUUCAACCGCCGCCGCCACAGCAGCAGCAGCAGCAACAACAGCAACCGCCGCAGCAACAGCCGCCGAUGCAACCACCUGUCUCUCCUACACCGAGCGGCGGGGAAGCCGCCGCGGCAAAUGCAGCCCCAAUUCUCAACCAGCUGCAGACCAAAAACAACUAUAAUCCGACCAAUCUAGACAUGCUGGAUACGGCGCACUUAGCCAGAUUCUUCGUAAUCAAAUCGUACUCGGAGGACGACAUCCACCGUAGCAUCAAGUACGAGAUCUGGUGCUCAACUGAACACGGCAACCAGCGAUUGGAUCAGGCGUAUCGCGAACGCGAGGAAAAAGGUGGCAUGGUGUAUCUGUUCUUCUCUGUCAACGGAUCUGGGCAUUUCUGCGGUAUAGCGCAGAUGAUGACAGCUGUGGACUACAACUCCGUAUCGAGCGUUUGGUCGCAGGACAAGUGGAAGGGCACGUUUAAGGUGCGCUGGAUCUACGUCAAGGACGUCCCGAACGGGCAGCUGCGAAGGGUGGUGCUGGAAAAUAACGAAAACAAGCCCAUCACGAACUCGCGUGACACCCAGGAGGUGCCCAAUGCGAAGGGAAUCCAGGCAUUGAAGAUCAUCCACAGCUACAAGCACACGAUGUCGAUAUUCGAUGACUUUAUCCACUACGAGAAACGUCAGCUGGAGGAGAACACCAAGAAGCAUGACGUUCGUGACACGCAACCGUCGUAUCGACCGCAGCAGUACGGAGGAGGAUACGAUGGACCGAACAAGUAUAACAACAGCUACAACAAGUAUAACGAUCGUGAUGGUGGCGGCGAUGGCUACAACCGGGGCGGCUAUGGAAGAGAUUAUCAUAGUGGCAGUGGCACCGGCAGCGGCGGAGGGGGCUACAAUAAAAGCUAUGGUGGUUAUAACCGUAACCAGUACAACCAGGACGGUGGCCGAGGAGGCGGUGGCGGCUAUCAGAGCUACGACAGACGAAACAACAACAGCAACAUUAGCGGCAAUGGAAGCAACAGUGGAGAUGAUCGGGAUGGCGGAAGCAACUACUCGAGGGAUGGUGGCCACGAGGGUGGUGGCGGUUACCAGCGCAGCUACGGCCGACCGAAUCGGGAUUACUACGGCCGGGGGGAUGACAACCGUGGACGGGGUGACUACCGUGACGGUGGAAGUGAUGGCGGUUAUAGAUCACGGGGCGGCAUGGAUCGUAGAUUGGAUUCCGAUGGGGGAGGCUCCCGGGAUGGAGCGGACAACAAUGGCGGAGGCGGCGGUGGCGGUGGUGGAUAUCGAGGGGAAUCGAGAGACCACUAUCGGGGCCGCAAUGACCAACAACAGCAGAAGGGCGGCGGUCGCGGUAUCCUUCGGGGUGGCGCUCCAAGGCUUCAUCAACAGCAACAACACCAGCAAUCGGAGCAGCAACAGUAGACCGUUUCUAUCGAAAGAUGGUGCUUAUCGCUCAAAUCCAACAGCGGCGGUGAUGAUGAUGAUGAUGAUGAUGAUCAUAAUGUUGCGAAAACAUACAUUUUUAAACACUUGAUUGAUUUAUACUAAUAGGUAGCGACAGACAGACAAACAAACACGUAUUAAUGAUACAGAUAAAUUAAGAAAAUACAGCACGCGGAAAUCUAUGAUGAUAAGUAAUGAAGUUCUGUUGUUCAAAGCGCGGGUGAGGUAGAAGCCGAGAACUCUAUUUGCUAGGUUUGAUAAAUGAUGAACGAAUAAAAGGAGGACGUUGAUGGAAGAGAUAAAGUUGCAAAUCUAAUAUAUAUAUAUAUCGAUUUAUGAUGAUACAAGAAAACAAAAACAAAACAAAUAUUUAAUAAAAGUUAAGAAAAGAAUGCUCUUAAAAACAAAUACGACAAGAAUUAUGAUUAUGACUUGUUGAAUUAUUAUGGAAAUCAGAAACCGUAUAUAAUCCCCUAGAAGCAACAACAAAAAUGGUAAUCAAAGAAGUGAAAUCGUAAUUUUGCUUUGUAUUAUCACGAAUGUUAACACAGAUUAUAAUAUUCCUAAUAUGCUUUAAUUUUCUACUUUCAAUCGAAUCCAAUGCAAGAUGAAGAAACAAGGUAAUAAAUUAAACAAAGUGCUGCCGUUAGUUACAACACGAUAAUAGUCCAACAUCAACAGGAAAAAACCUAUAAAGUAAACGAAUGAAUGCACAGUUUUUGCUUUGAUUUUCGUUUGUGUUUUCGGAAGCCGUUCCUGAUCUCGGAUGACGAGGAAGGUUUUUUUUUUAUAAGUUAUGCUGCAGAGGAUCAAGGGGAGGACGCUACGACCACCCGGGACUAUCUCUCUCUCUCUAUCUCUCUUUCUCCCCAACUCGCCGCUUUUCCCCAAUUGUGCGCGUCUCCGCUGCUGGACGGUGGUGAUGAUGAUGAUGAUGAUGAUUUUGUGAGAUUUUGGUGAGACAUUCAAAUGGAUCGCCUCCUCCGGUGGCAGGCAGAGGCAAAAAGAGACACCCAAGUGCAAGUGCUUUCGAACAGUGUAAAAUUAGUCGAGAUACUCAACGAGCUCCGAGAAAGACUGCCGAAGAAGAAACUAAACUGAAAAAUGUGUGUGUGUAUUUCCAAAGAACCAAAACAAGAUUUAACGUAAAUGUCGACUGAGCGAAGAAAGUAGUACCCUUGAAAAAAACAACAACAGAAAGACACGUGAACAAAUUGCCAAGUAUUAAGUAGUUCAAGCAAGAUUUUUCUUUUCUUUUGUAAAGAAGCGAUGUAUUGUUUUUUUUUUUUUAUUUGUUGAUGACUUUUCGUUUUAAAUAACUUUAGUGUUUGUGUCUGCAAUUUUUAAAACAAUGAACAACACAUAUUCCCGUAACAGUUGAAAAAUUCAUCGUCAUUGCAAAAUGUAGUCUGUGAGAAUAAUAGUUCAUUUUUCCUGAACAAACUGCAACCAGUAGGGAAAAGGGGAAACCGGCUUCCUGCCGAAGCGAAAUGUGCGUGCAACAAAAAAAUGGACACCUAAUCAAGUUCCGUGAAGCGAAUCUGAAAGCUAAAAUGGACAUGUUUUCUACCGAACGAAAUGGACACUCUUUAGCAAGUGGAAACCUAUUUGUGAUACUACACAUGUUGAUUACUAGUUUACUGUGAGAGUGAUAGUGUGAGGAAUCCGGAAUCGAAAGUGCGAGAAAGUGGUGUUGGUGGAUAGAAAAAGAAGAAGAAGAAAAUGCGAACUCAGUGCCCCAUCAUCGAUCCGGCUCUGCGGCCAUCAGCGGGGAAGUUGGACGCUGGAAGCGCUAGCAGGUAACGAAAACGAUGGUGUUUUUGUUCUUUUUUCGAUACGCUUUAGUUCUUUUCCCCUCGAUGAAGAAAAAGUCAAGAGUAAGCAAAAUUGUGCUAAUACAUUCUUAAAUACCAUGUUCACUACCCUAACGCAAAGAAGAAGAAAACUAACUAACGAAAAACGAAUUAAACAAAUUAAACUAAUUGACAUUUAGCCAAGAAAAUCACUGUUCAAAUUCAUCGGUUCAAAGGUGUUUAUAAGAAGAACUUUCUAAUGUUUUUUUUUCGUAUAAUAAUAUUAAGAUUUACUGAAUAUUAUGAAAAGCAUAGUAUAAAGCGAGACUCUGAGUUCAAAAUAACCUAAAUGAAAGGAAACAAACGUAGAAACCUACACAAAAUAUUUGAGAAAUUAGCUGUGUCUAAAACAAAGCGAAAGAAACUAACUGAAACAAAAGAGCGAAAAAACAAGAAAACACGCGCAUGAUCUAGAACAUAAAUUAGCGAAAAUCAUAAAUCGUGCAGCAGAUAAAAAAAAAUACAAAAGCAUCAACAUUUACUAUCAAUGUUAGAUAUAACGAGUUUAGGGAAUCAAAUAGAAAUCGAUAAAUCAAAUAUUACCUACUAACUGGAAACAUGAUGCUUUUUUUUCCGUAAAGAGAAAUCAGAAACACCACACAAACACACACCUACGUAACACGUUCUCAAUAAUUGUCAUUAGCAUACAAGGAUUUGCUCUGGAGCGAUUACUUUUGUUUCCCUUCGUUCCACUGGAAGAAAGCGACUACUUUUUAUUCUAGAACUGAUGCAGCAACGGUUAUUAACUGAAGAAUAAAAAAAGAAAACAAAAGAAAAGAAAGGCAACAUGAAAGUCUGUCCCGACAGGAAACAAUGGUAUCGAAAUGAAUUUGAACAACACUAAGCUUAAUUGGUAUAUAGGAAG